AUGGCGGCGGGUGAUGGGGACGUAAAGCUAAGCACCCUGGGGAGCGGCGGGGAGCGUGGCGGCGACGAGAGCCCGGGUGGUGCGGGAGCGACGGCGGCGAGGAGCAGUUGGGUGGCGGCGCUACUGGCGACGGGCGGGGAGAUGCUGCUGAACGUGGCGCUGGUGGCGCUGGUGCUGCUGGGGGCCUACCGGCUGUGGGUGCGCUGGGGGCGGCGUGGUCUGUGCUCGGGACCCGGGGCGGGCGAGGAGAGCCCGGCCGCCACGCUGCCGCGCAUGAAGAAGCGGGACUUCAGUCUGGAACAGCUGCGCCAGUACGACGGGGCGCGCACGCCGCGCAUCCUGCUCGCGGUCAAUGGGAAAGUCUUCGACGUGACCAAAGGCAGCAAGUUCUACGGCCCCGCGGGCCCAUAUGGCAUCUUUGCUGGCAGGGACGCCUCCAGGGGACUGGCGACAUUCUGCCUGGAUAAGGAUGCACUUAGAGAUGAGUAUGAUGACCUCUCAGAUUUGAAUGCAGUGCAAAUGGAGAGUGUUCGAGAAUGGGAAAUGCAAUUUAAAGAAAAAUAUGAUUAUGUAGGCAGACUCCUAAAGCCAGGGGAAGAGCCAUCAGAGUACACAGACGAGGAGGACGCCAAGGAUCACAGCAAACAGGACUGAACUUUGUGAACACCCAAAGCCAGGGGCCUUCAGAACUGCAGCUUUACCCUCUGAGAGACUGUCCAGUCUAGGGUGUGAUGCUCCUGCUGUGAGGACCGUUUCACCAGAGUGAACAACAUAACAUGGCUGACUAUGAAGAACUGACGAUGAGCCGUUGGUUGUACUGCCAGGUGAAUUUGUUGCAGUUGGUUGUAAUGUCUGGUGGGCUUCAUCAUCCUGAAAAGGAGACAGGACCUGCUUAACAGCAAGAAAGUCACCGGGUUAUCUUUAUCCCUCCCCACCCUUUUCCCUCCUUUCUCUCUCUCUCUCUCUCUCUCUCUC